UUGCUCUGAUGACAGACAUUCAUUGGUUCGCCGAAGAAGUCUUUGUCUAGCUUGGCCCUGAUGAAAAAGGAUGCGCCGCAGAUGCCUUUGAUACUAUCCAAAAUGACAUCUUGCGUGUCGAAGACGCAAUCCAAAACUUGUUGCACCUAACGGCGUUCUUCCAAGCCAACCCUCUCUGGACCUUUAUCACAAUGGGCCGAUUUGUGUCUCUAUCAGAAUCCGAAUAUUUCUCCAGAACAUGGAUCAUACAAGAGGUUGGCUUAGCGAGACGACCAAUUGCGCAUUGGGGCCAGGCAACCAUCAACUUCCAUAAGAUUGGCAUUACGGCAAUGAUCGCCCUCCAGUACUUCUGGUCAAAGCUGAAUUCACAGGAGUUCCUGGAGUCUAUUCGACAGGUUUCGUGACGCAGAAUUGUUUCUUCGGCGUUGGACCUGCGGCAACGGAGAUUGGGGAUACAGUGCAUGUACUGCUGGGGGCAGAUGUGCCGUUCUUGUUGAGACAGAAAAACAUGUGCGGAAGAUAUGAUGAGGAUGGCUCGUGGAGUCUGGUUGGGGAAUGUGAUGUUCAGGGGUUGAUGGUCGGAGAAGCUGUGAGGGCUGUCGGGAAACCAAUUGAAGAGCUAGAGGAUGUGAUAUUGCGAUAGCCAGGAACCUCCAUCAUCUGUCGAUCGCAGUUGUCAA